AGAAGAUGGUUGAUCGCUUCUUCGUAAUUGAGGAAACCAUGGACCAGUGGAAUAGACUUGGAUUUCCCUGAAAAGAUAAUGGAAAUGACAGACUUAAGUAAUGUGAAUAUGACAUAUUUUCCCUUAACUUGUUGAACUUAACCUACCGGUAGUGCCUUUUUGCGAUUGCACCAAUUUCAUUUCUUGGUAGUCUUUCUGUUACAUUUUUUGUACAUUAUAUAAUUACUCUGACAUUGUCAAACAGACUGCCUUAACAAUUGAAGAACAAAUGUGUCCUUGUGGUGGUUCAGAAAAAAAAAACUUGCAUUGAACUGCCCCUCAGACCUCUCAAAAGUAUUCAUGCUAAACAGAUUCAUAGUGUUUUCUGUGUAUUUUUUGUUUCAGCUACGCUGUCAUGCUUAAAAUGCAGCUUUCCAUUUUUAGUUUCCAUCUAAUCGGUCUUUGUACUGAAACAUGAUAGUUUUGUGUAUAUUCUAUUUCAAAUGUAACUUUUGCUAAACGUUAAAGUGAGAUAAUUUUUGGGGGGUAUAUGUAGCUGUAAUCAAGGAUCGAAGAUUGGUAGUAUCUCUCUCUCGCUCUCAAUCAAUUUGUCUGUUAUUCUCUUUGUGAAAUUAUUACAUGACAGCCAGACGUAUACAAUAAUCAUCCUAACUAGUAACCUUGUAUUACAGUGCCCUACCUCUCAAAAUCAUAAUACAUAAAUAAGACUUGUAAGUAUUUGCUGAAAUAAACAUCAACACAACAGCUUUACGAAGUGGCAUUUCAUUAACGAAAAGGUGCACUUUAGCUUUUGACGAAAGGAUGAACCAUGAACUUUUAACACUUAAAGGCAUAUGUAUUCAACCAAAGUAUGUUUAAUUGUGAUAAAAAAAACCGUUACGUUUGGUUAUUUUGUGUGCCUUUUCAUGUUGUUUACCAGCAACCCCUAUGUUAGGAUGGGUGUUAACAGCAUCCCAUCCAUAAUAUCUUUAAUACACUUUCUAUUCCAUUUAUUUCAAUUAUGUUCUCACCAACUCUUUGCCUUUUUGGAUAUUGUGAACCAUCAUCAUCAUCAUCAAAAUCAUCAGAAGUUCCUUCACCAUCUUCCUCCUCGUUGUCUGACAUGUCUCUAUGGUCGCUGUCUGACCUGCCUCCCCACGGGUCAUCUGCCAUGUCUUCCUGCUCGUUGUAUGACCUGCCUCUCCGCGGGUCAUCUGAGUGGUCUCCAUGGUCGUUUUCUGACCUGCCUCCCGACAGGUCAUCUGACAGGUCUCCAUGCUCGUUGUCUGACCUGCCUUCUCACUGGUCAUCUGAGUGGUCUCCAUGGUCGUUUUCUGACCUGCCUCCCGACAGGUCAUCUGACAGGUCUCCAUGCUCGUUGUCUGACCUGCCUUCCCACUGGUCAUCUGAGUGGUCUCCAUGGUCGUUUUCUGACCUGCCUCCCGACAGGUCAUCUGACAGGUCUCCAUGCUCGUUGUCUGACCUGCCUUCCCACUGGUCAUCUGAGAGGUCUCCAUGGUCGUUUUCUGACCUGCCUUCCCACUGGUCAUCUGAGUGGUCUCCAUGCUCGUUGUCUGACCUGCCUUCCCACUGGUCAUCUGAGAGGUCUCCAUGGUCGUUUUCUGACCUGCCUUCCCACUGGUCAUCUGAGUGGUCUCCAUGCUCGUUGUCUGACCUGCCUUCCCACUGGUCAUCUGACAGGUCUCCAUGCUCGUUGUCUGACCUGCCUUCCCACUGGUCAUCUGAGAGGUCUCCAUGGUCGUUUUCUGACCUGCCUUCCCACUGGUCAUCUGAGUGGUCUCCAUGCUCGUUGUCUGACCUGCCUUCCCACUGGUCAUCUGAGUGGUCUCCAUGGUCGUUUUCUGACCUGCCUCCCGACAGGUCAUCUGACAGGUCUCCAUGCUCGUUGUCUGACCUGCCUUCCCACUGGUCAUCUGAGAGGUCUCCAUGGUCGUUUUCUGACCUGCCUUCCCACUGGUCAUCUGAGUGGUCUCCAUGCUCGUUGUCUGACCUGCCUUCCCACUGGUCAUCUGAGAGGUCUCCAUGGUCGUUUUCUGACCUGCCUUCCCACUGGUCAUCUGAGUGGUCUCCAUGCUCGUUGUCUGACCUGCCUUCCCACUGGUCAUCUGAGAGGUCUCCAUGGUCGUUUUCUGACCUGCCUUCCCACUGGUCAUCUGAGAGGUCUCCAUGCUCGUUGUCUGACCUGCCUCCCGACAGGUCAUCUGACAGGUCUCCAUGCUCGUUGUCUGACCUGCCUUCCCACUGGUCAUCUGAGUGGUCUCCAUGGUCGUUUUCUGACCUGCCUUCCCACUGGUCAUCUGAGAGGUCUCCAUGCUCGUUGUCUGACCUGCCUCCCGACAGGUCAUCUGACAGGUCUCCAUGCUCGUUGUCUGACCUGCCUUCCCACUGGUCAUCUGAGUGGUCUCCAUGGUCGUUUUCUGACCUGCCUCCCGACAGGUCAUCUGACAGGUCUCCAUGCUCGUUGUCUGACCUGCCUUCUCACUGGUCAUCUGAGAGGUCUCCAUGGUCGUUGCCUGACCUGCCUCCCGACAGGUCAUCUGACAGGUCUCCAUGCUCGUUGUCUGACCUGCCUUCUCACUGGUCAUCUGAGUGGUCUCCAUGGUCGUUUUCUGACCUGCCUCCCCACAGGUCAUCUGACAGGUCUCCAUAGUCAUUGUCUGACCUGCCUCCGCACGGGUCAUCUUCCAUGCCUUCCUGCUCGUUGCCUGACCUGCCUUCCAAAGGGUCAUCUGACAGGUUUUCAGGGUCAUGGUUUGCCCGCUGCCGCGAGGGGGCACUGUAACCAAAAUCCGCUGGAGCAUGGACACCGUCUUACCAACUCUACAUCUGGAAGCUGCUAAUAUUAAUUCUUAGGUCUUAUCCAUUUUGCCUGCAAGUUAUUUUCUGUUUUGGAGUCAACUUAUAUGCUUAAUCUUGCAAGCAGUACUUGAUGAUACUUAAUGGAAAUUCUUGAAAGUACCUUUUUUUUCUGUUCAAACUUGAACAGUCAUUGUCCUGUAAGUUCCCUUAUCACUAACCUGUUCUGCAGCAAACAUCUAUACAUGUGUUGCAAUCAUGGCUGAGAAGCUUCACAAGCUCCCUGCAUAAAGCACUAGGGUUUUGAUCACGGUUGACAACCUCCCCUGAUUCGUCGGUGUACAGAUCAUCCAUCGUCACCGUCAACAUGUUGUCUGCAUCAGCAACAUUAAUGUGGUUUUUGUUGACGGAUUUUCUCCCGUCAACAAAGCCCACAACUAUGCCAGCAACCACCUCUACGAGGAUGAGUCCAUGUUCUUUUCAAAUAGGAUAAAAGAGAAUGCCUUAAUGAAUAUUUUUAACAAACGGCAUUUCCAGGAUUAUAUAUUUUUCAUUAUUUGCCAAUAUUGAGUUUUGGUAUAGGGGCAGAGUAGACUAUAACAAUCCCUUGUUAGAGCGCUGGCCCACAAAAUGUAACUUUAUCUGUCCCUAAUUUGUGAUUGUAAAAGUCAUCUCCUUUGUGGCUUAAUUGACCCUAUGUUCUCAAUCUGCCAUCGACAGCAAACUAAACAACAAUAACUAGACCUAGGAUGAACUGUUUAUAGCUUUGUUUUGCUCAGCUUAUUGUAGUGUGUCGAUUUGGGGGUUUUCGGGACACAAUCAACUGACAAACACAGGUGAUAAUAUUCGUUGAAAAGUUGGUUUUAUUUCUCCAACUCUAGAACACUUCCUUUUACAACAACUCGAAACAUGUGACUGACUAGUGGAAAUGUCCGAAACUGGACAAAAGCGUCCAGUGAAUGGGUUUUAUAGUCUCUUUUUCAGGGGCUCCGGUCCGCACCGUUGAAGUGGUAUAGCGCCCUCAGUUGACGGGUCGUCUUAGACGCUUCAUUAUAUUCUUCCUUUAGUUACAUGCAACAAAAUGAUCUUGAAGAAAGUGAUCUCAAACAAAUAGUAAUUCUUUGUGAUUUAGUUGGAAAAAAAUAACUAAAGCUGUGAGCUAUGUCUGUGGGUGAUUUGGAAUGGAAUGGCCUACCUUUUUCUAGCUGUUCAAUGUAAUUAGUACGGAACGAACAAACAACCUAGAAACUAUACAUGUGGGUCUUUCCAUUAAUUGGGAAACCUUUUAUGACAUUUGUGGAUUAAGUAAAAGGGGUAAGCACUGCAGAAUAUUUUGAUGAUUUGUUUUGACUCAUCUUUUAUUAGCAAGUUUCUGAGUAUUAUGCUAUUCGGCAUGAUAUUUAAAGGCAAAAGUGUUUUCCGUUUUUAGCAUAGUUGGUUAGAAUGUGUACAGUUUAUUCAUAUUUCCCCUUAAUGAAUAGCUGAGAACGUAUCAGACCAUUCCAAACUUGUAUUUUGUAAAAUUAUAUUAAAGUCUCAGUGCUAUAUUCAAAGAACUCUGCACGUUGAUGCUAAAUGUUUAACUCUUUACAAAAGAAUGUUUGUGAAAAUAUCAUAUUUCCGCCAAAUGAAUAGCUGAGAACUUAUCAGACCAUUCCAAACUUAUAUUUUGUAAAAUUAUAUUAAAGUCUUAGUGCUAUUAUUCAAAGAAAUCUGCACGUUGAUGCUAAAUGUUAAACUCUUUUCGAAAUAAUGUUUGUGUAAAAUUUUCAGAUUUCACGAGACAGCACUAAAAGUUCACAUGAAAUUUCUAAAAUACAUGUUAUCAAUGGUCUUUAAUUCCUUCAGGAAAACUGUUGAAUAAGUAUAAAAAAUAUUGAAGAAUCCAUGUUACAGGUGUAAAAAUGUCAUGCUUAAAAAUCCAAAUGCUCUAAAUCUUUCUUUACCUAGGGGGUGUGUAAAAUCGUAUUAAAAUUGGAGGAUUCCGAACUGUUAGGGCUAUAUA